AUGCAGAGACUCCUGCUGGCGCCCCGUCGCAAACUGACAGUGGGGGCACAGCGGCUCUCGUCCCCUUCGCAGGUGAUUGUUGUCUUGACCGGGAGCACUUGCGCCUCCGUCGACAUGGCCGUGGAGACGACGCUUUGCUCUUGGCAAGACGACCCCCAAAUCGAAACCACCCUUGUUGACCUGCGGGACCGACAGAUGCUCUCUCCGACAGCUCAGGUUCGACCCGCUGCGUCGGGCGCUUUCAACAAGUCUCCACGUCGCACAGAGACGGUGGUCUGA